GAGCCUGAGGAGGUGUCUGCUGCAAGUUCCUGGCUGAUUCUGAGCUCACACCAUCCUCCAAGAGGGAGGAGGCUCAAGUGAUGCUGCUGCUGUUGCCGCCUCUACUGCUGGUACUCUAGUGGAGCUGGGAAGGGUGGUUCCUAUCGCACCAUCGCCAACCGGAGAGGGAGGGGGAAAAAAAUCCUGGUAGCCGCUGCUGAUGUUGGGUUCAGAGGCUGCAUCCGACCCGGUCACAAGAAAAAUGGAUUCAGUGUGCGGCUCUCCCUCUUUUCAGCAUCUUCUCCUGCUCUCAACAUGGAUUCUGGUUAGGCCUCCAUUACCUGGACCAAUUCAGCAACUUGCUCCUGAAUCUCCAUGACUCCAUUCUCUUCCCACUCUGCCACCAGAAUAACCUCAAUAAUCACCUGCUAGAUACUUACCAGUCAGGAAUUUCAACACCCCUUGUACUGCUUACUGGACGAUGAGCCCUACGCCCUGAGGGCUUCCGAGGCAGCGUUUGAGAAGACCUUAGCAAGGAACACCAAGCAGUAGUGGCUGAAACACCUCACUCCAGGAAAUGAAACAGUAACAUGGCAGUACCUGUUUGAGAGGAUUAAAACCCCAAAAGACUCCAUUUAGAAAGGGACAAUGUCCAAAAAAGGACGAAAUAAGGGCGAGAAGCCCGAGGCACUCAUUGUUGCCCUUCAAGCUGCCAAUGAAGACCUCAGGACCAAACUCACAGACAUUCAGAUAGAACUUCAUCAAGAGAAAUCCAAGGUAUCAAAGCUUGAAAGAGAGAAGACUCAAGAAGCAAAGAGGAUUCGUGAGCUGGAGCAGCGCAAACACACAGUCCUGGUGACAGAGCUUAAAGCCAAGCUCCAUGAGGAGAAGAUGAAGGAGCUGCAGGCUGUGAGGGAGAAUCUCAUCAAGCAACAUGAGCAGGAAAUGUCAAGGACAGUGAAGGUGCGGGAUGGAGAGAUUCAGAGACUCAAGUCCGCUCUGUGUGCUCUCCGCGAUGGCAGCAGUGACAAAGUAAGGACAGCACUCACCAUUGAGGCCCGGGAGGAGGCCAGGAAACAGUUCGAUGCAGAGCGCCUGAAGCUCCUGCAGGAAAUUACAGACUUAAAAACCGCCAAGAAGCAGGUGGAUGAGGCUCUGAGCAAUAUGAUCCAAGCGGAUAAAAUCAAGGCUGGGGACCUUAGGAGUGAGCAUCAGUCCCACCAGGAAGCCAUCUCGAAGAUCAAGUGGGAAUCGGAACGGGAUAUACGAAGGCUGAUGGAUGAAAUCAAAGCCAAGGACAGGAUCAUCUUCUCCCUGGAAAAAGAACUGGAGACUCAGACAGGCUAUGUACAGAAACUCCAGCUACAGAAAGAGGCUUUGGAUGAGCAGCUCUUCCUUGUCAAGGAGGCAGAGUGUAACAUGAGCAGUCCGAAGAGAGAGAUUCCAGGAAGGGCAGGGGAUGGCUCUGAACACUGCAGCAGCCCGGAUUUGCGAAGAAAUCAAAAGAGAAUAGCCGAAUUGAAUGCCACUAUACGAAAGUUAGAAGACAGGAACACCUUGCUCGGAGAUGAACGAAACGAGUUGUUAAAACGUGUGCGGGAAACUGAAAAACAAUGCAAACCUCUCCUGGAAAGGAACAAGUGCCUAGCCAAGAGAAACGAUGAACUGAUGGUAUCUCUACAACGCAUGGAAGAGAAAUUAAAAGCCAUAACCAAGGAAAAUUCAGAGAUGAGAGAGAAAAUAACGUCUCACCCACCAUUGAAGAAACUGAAGUCUCUGAAUGACCUUGAUCAAGCUAAUGAAGAACAAGAGACGGAGUUUCUAAAACUGCAGGUCAUUGAGCAGCAGAACAUCAUUGAUGAGCUCACCAGGGAUCGAGAAAAACUCAUCCGUAGGAGAAAGCACAGGAGAAGCUCGAAACCAAUCAAGAGGCCUGUUUUAGAUCCGUUCAUUGGCUAUGAUGAGGAUUCGAUGGAUUCAGAAACAUCAUCCAUGACCUCCUUUAGAACAGACCGGACACCUGCUACCCCGGAUGAUGACUUGGAUGAAAGUCUAGCUGCUGAAGAAUCUGAGCUACGAUUUCGACAAUUAACAAAAGAAUACCAAGCCCUCCAAAGAGCAUAUGCCCUCUUGCAGGAACAGACUGGAGGCAUCAUAGAUGCUGAAAGAGAAGCCAAGGCACAAGAGCAGCUCCAGGCAGAGGUGCUGAGGUACAGGGCCAAAAUCGAAGAUUUGGAAGCAACGCUGGCUCAGAAAGGGCAGGAUUCACACUGGGUAGAAGAUAAACAACUUUUCAUUAAGAGAAACCAGGAGCUUUUAGAAAAGAUAGAGAAGCAGGAAGCAGAGAAUCACCGGCUACAGCAAGAACUUCAGGAUGCCAGAGACCAGAAUGAGCUGCUGGAGUUUCGCAACCUAGAACUAGAAGAGAGAGAGAGGCGAUCCCCUCCAUUCAAUCUACAAAUUCACCCCUUCUCAGAUGGUGUGAGUGCACUGCAGAUCUACUGCAUGAAAGAAGGUGUCAAGGAUGUCAACAUCCCUGAUCUCAUAAAGCAGCUUGAUAUCCUUGGUGACAACGGGAAUCUAAGGAAUGAAGAACAGGUGGCCAUAAUUCAGGCCAGCACUGUGCUGUCCCUGGCAGAGAAGUGGAUCCAACAAAUUGAAGGAGCAGAGGCUGCCCUGCACCAGAAAAUGAUGGAACUGGAAAGUGAUAUGGAACAAUUCUGUAAAAUCAAAGGCUACCUGGAGGAAGAACUAGACUACAGAAAACAGGCUCUUGACCAGGCAUAUAUGAGAAUCCAGGAACUAGAAGCUACUUUGUACAAUGCUCUGCAGCAAGAAACUGUGAUCAAGUUCGGUGAACUGUUAAGUGACAAGCAGCAAGAGGAGUUGAGGACGGCUGUAGAAAAGUUACGGCGGCAAAUGCUGAGGAAGAGCCGGGAAUAUGACUGUCAGAUCCUCCAGGAGAGGAUGGAGCUCCUACAGCAAGCUCACCAGAGGAUCCGUGACCUAGAAGAUAAAACAGACAUCCAAAAACGGCAGAUAAAGGACCUAGAAGAAAAGAAAAAUCAAGAACUUGGAUCAUACCCCAAGAAGGCAAAUGCUUUUAAACCUUCAAAGAUGGCAAAAUUGUUUACACCGAUGUAAGGGAAAUCAAAAGCUAAGAAUUACCCUGUAGCCAAGACUAUGAGCUUUAAAGCCAUUAUUCAAGGUUUCUUACUUGACAGUUUAUAAUGACCCUGUUGAAAAAUCUACAUUAUAUGCUGCAAUUAAUGAAACGUGUGUAUGUCAAACCGGAAGAGAACUAUAAACAUAUAUUGUGGGAAGGAAAAUUUCAGCAGUGGAACCAGUUUCAGCAGAUCAAAAGAAGAUGUGUCUUGGGCAUGGAACCAAAGUUACAAUGAACCAUUCAACUCCUGCUGUGCAGGGGGGGUCAUUUUAAUGUAACACCACACCCCAUGGAAACACUAUUCCUGAAAAUAAACAUCAUUUUAAAAAAAAACAAAACAAACAAAAGUGAAAAAAAAACCAACUUAAGGGUGGGCGGGUAAUGAAGCACGAGGAAUAAUACCUAUGAGGAACUAUUUACAAUAAAAUGUUUCAUUUGAAAAGUCUGGUUUCUUACUACAGGGAUUUGCUUUUCUGUCUUUAUGAUUGUUUUAAACUCAGGAACAGAGACAUCUAUGAUGAGGAGGGAAGAAAAAUACUCUCCAUUUUGUUUCUCCAAAAGGUGGAGUUGGGGAUGAGAAGUGGAUUCUAGUUACUCUACAAGCGCAGAGCCAAGGGACUCUGAGGAGUUUAACAUGGAGUGGAAUUGGAAAUCUAUGCUUCCUCAUAUCACACACCUGCAUCUCUCCACCAUGGAUGGACUGGUCUCCUCCGUACUGAACAAGGUGAAAAUUAUACUCAGAAGUCACAAACCGCCUAACUUAGCUCUGUCGAAAACAUCAAGAUCUAUAGGGAACUAGGGCCAGGAAGCAACUCUGCAGCUUCCAGAUUCAAGUUAAAAUUGCCUGCAGAUGAAUAUGCUGUCUGACUUGUGUGAAGACCCCACAGAAAUGAUGAGAAGCUGACAACUGAACGUGGGGUUCCCAGAGAGCUGCGCAUGUUGAGUAUCCCAGAGCAAUCUGAACUCUUGUCACUUAGAACAAUAGCAUUAUUUUCUGAGAUCGCUGUCCGCAACAAGACGUCUCUACUUUUUUAUAGACAACACUGACAAGCUGGUUCUCUAUCACAGGCAGAUAGACAACUAACACUUUUCCUAAGUCACAUAUUACAGAGUAUUGGUUUCAGCAAUGGCAGUAAAUAUAUCCUCCUGAAAAGCUGAUUUUACACGUCCUUGACUGUAGAUAACAAGGCAACCUCAAUUUCUCAAAUACUCAAUGUUUUCUUUCCAGGUUUAGAAAUCCCAUGCAUCGAGAAUGUGUGUAGGGAGCCAGGAACUCUUUCUAUGAAAUGCUACACAAACAGGUCCAUAUGUGAAUUGAGUAUAUUCUCCUUCAGUUUUAACACUGGCAAUUUCAAAGCCAGAGCAACUGAAGAAUCUUCAAGACAAAACAGAUUCCUGGGGUCCCACAUUUUUGUCCUUGUAUUUAAUGCUGACCCAACUGUUUGGCCCAGUCACUGAACCUCUCUGUGCCUCAGUUUCCUCAUCUAAAAAAAUGGGGAUUAAAUGUUUUGAUUUUUUUCCUAAGGUUUUGUUUGCAAUUCUGGAACAAGAGGUGCUUAAGGUAGCACAAAGUGCUUUGUAACCGUUAUAAAUGCUGUAUUAUUUGACUUCCCUGUAUAAUGAAAUAGUUCCUGAGUUUGAUUCAAACAGCAGAGCAUCACUGAAGCGUCCCCAUCAAGCUGCCUAGGACAUUAUUAGCAAUAAAUUGUGAGAUUCAAAAACCACAAUAUUGAAUCUAUAGGAAAUAGAUUGACUCGUUCUAUUGAGAAAGACAGAAAGUGUGUCAUUUCAAUGCUAAGCACCUCCCAUGCUCUCCUGAUUGCAUAACAUGCCAUCAAUCGAAACCCCCAACAUCAUCACAGGAGAGCCAACCAUGCAACUACGGAUUGCCAAGAACAGAAAGCAACAAAGAAAGCCGAUAUUAUUUUUCAAAGAAUGUCAGAUGAUGUGUCCUAAUGCAAAAACUUUAAAAGUCAGAACUGUACUAAUGGAUUCUUUGUACAACUAAGGUAAGUCCCAGAUCCCCGCAAUUAGCAGGUUCAUUGUGCAGGUGAUGUGAAACAGGGUACUUCUCCUACACCGGCCACCCAGCUAACUCAGUCCUGUAUGGGAGUACACAAACGGCUUGUUUACUGCUUCAAUUAUACUUCACCUACUAUUAUAGGACCCACUUGAGAAAAUGCAUACUUAAUCUGCUCCGUACAUGCCUUCCUCCUCUCCUUUUGCUUUUCCUAUCGAAAACCUGGUGGGUAAAUUUUCAUAUCAGAGAACUAUGUCUAAAUUAUUAUGAAUGCCAAUAAUAUGCUAUAUGUUACCCUGUUGUUAGUCAAAUUGCAUAAAACCCAUGCUGAACUUUCUGAGAGCGAAAGCCACUUGAGUAAUCAUCUCUGAAACUUUGAUUGGUGGGAGGGGGAGGCUUUCUUUCUGUUUAAUAUCCAGAAUAUCACUCUAGAUCGUAAGCUAAAUGAUGACAUCUUUAUCAGGUGUUCGUCAUAGUCCUCAAAAUGAGUGCUCUAAUAUUUAGACUAGGAAAGUUUAAAUAUUUUGAUAGAGUCCAUAUCUACGAUGACAGCAUCAAGAAAAACUGGAGGUGUGCGUUUUGCUUAUUCACAGAUGCCUGAGAAUGGUUUCUAUCUUAGUGAAUGCUUCCUUGCAUAUGAUGCUCAGAAUAGCCAAAAGAAUGUACUAUUAGUAACAAAGAGUUGUGCUGUGACAUCGUUUCUCAUUUUCAAAAGAAAAAAAAGGUAAUUCCUACUCCAGGUUUUAAAUUUUGGUAUCUGUACUUAGCUAGAGAUUUGGGGGGAUGGGCACAAUAAGAGUACACCUAACUACUUUUUCUUAGCCAUGUACUCAUCUCUCUGAAUCCCACUGAAGUAGUUUGAGAGGUGAAAGCUUAACACUGUCAGGACUUCUCAGAUUUCCAUAAAAGAAAUGCACAGACUCUAUAUGAUAUCCAUUCUACAAAACAAGGUCAGCAACUUCAGCAUCUUGUCUUAAAUGCCAUCUAACUUAUUUCAGUUGAAAAAUUAAAUUAGCACUGUCAGAUCCUGUUUGACUUAUGUCAUAUUCGCUAAAUUGCUGCUAAAAGUGAGGUUUUAACAAUAAAAGCAUACUUUGUUUUGCUUUUUUUUCCCCUACAAUUCAGAAUAAGUUUAUAUCAAAGUAUAAAAUUCUUCCCAACGUUCGAGAUGUGCAUCAUCACUGGGGUCAGAAAGGGCCUUCAAUUGCCAUAGAAGAAAUAAAAUUUGCCAAAUCAUUUGUGCUGUGGUAUUUUAUUUCAAACCGUUGGGGUGUUUUUUUCUACUUGAAAUAAAUCUCACCAAUUUUUCUUCUGCUGAUUUAUUGCUAACUUUUUCUAAAAACACACAAUAAAAUCUGUAUGUUUAUAACUUAAAUGGAAUUGAUAAGCACCUUCUUUUAAAACAAUGCUUAUCAUUUUAACUUGCCUGGGUUUUCAUUGAAAGCUGUAAAAAGAGCAUCUGUUGGUUAUGUUGAUAUUUAAAUAACUAGACCAUCUCUGCGAUGUCACAUCAGAAUAGAUGACCAGUGUACUCAGUAUUAAAGCAUAUAGAUGUGUUCUUUUUAUUUGUCAAAGAACGGAAUGGAAUACUCCCUCUCCCUCCCCCUCUCCCUCCCCCUCUCCCUCCCCCUCUCCCUCCCCCUCUCCCUCCCCCUCUCCCUCCCCCUCUCCCUCCCCCUCUCCCUCCCCCUCUCCCUCCCCCUCCCCCUCUCCCUCCCCCUCCCCCCCCUCUCUCUCUCUCACACACACACACACACAUACAAUAUGUGUACCAAGACAAGAUUUGUAAGACUCAGCUAUGUUGAUUGGCAGUUGCAUUGCUUUUGUGACGCUUCCACUGCCCUCUCUCCCUCCCCCCUCCACUCUUCCCUCCUGCUUUUUGUUUUCUUUUUUAUACUGGUGCUAUAGGUUGAAUCCAGGUGCCUGGGCAUUCUAGACAGCACACAGCUGUAUCUCCCCAGACCCCAGCCCUGGUAAUUUAAUAUAUUUUAGGGAUUAAAUUUGAUCUACUAUAUGGAAAGUACAUAAAUGUAACUUUUGAAGUAUAACUUAUGCAAGUAGCUCUUAGAUGGCUGUGCCAUGGUGUUCAGGAUGGAUGCAAAGCCCCCUUUCUGCUUAGAUGGGGAAAAGACAUAAGAUAAAGAUUUCCUUAUUCCCAACUGCUUUAUACUUUUCAUAUAGAAUAUGCCUAGAGACUAGAUUCCAUACUUAUAUACAAGAGGACUUUCAAUGCUGGAAGAAUGGGGUUGUUCCUCGGGAUGUCACUUCAGAACUGAGCAAGGCAGGUUUUCUUCCCAUCCCUGAUUUUAUCAGUUGAGUUCCUCCUCAAUAAAUCUUUAUUGCUGAGAGAGCCUGAGUUGAGUUCUUAAUUUGACUUUUAAAAGAUACAUGUAAAGGGGCAGUACAGGAAAGUGGACUGAAAUUCACCACAUUCACUCUAGUGUGACAAACCUGUAAUUGAUUCACUGAAGCUUUCUGGUUUUAUUUUGCUAUUUGAUUUUGUACUGAAAUCUUUGUUGUAUAAAGUCCUACAGGGCGGCAAUGGUGCAGACAAACAAUGUUGAGUCCCCUUUGCCCACAUGAAGACUCUACAAACUUACUAAAGAAUGAAUGAUCCAAUCUCUCAAUCAGAAACAGAUCUGGAACCUGCUAUAAACUGCAGUCACUUAAGUUUGACAGACACCUCACAAAACGUGCCUAUUUCCCCUCUUAACUAAACCAUCUCUCCUGAAUAAGGCAAAUCAAAAUCUAAACACUUAAUAAAUACAAGAUGUACAUAGUCAUGCAUAUGUAUCCUGUACAGAGUAUGGUGGUGCAGGCAUUAACAGAUAUGUACUUCAGACCUCGACAGAAGACUUAGAGAUGAUGCUUUUCUGAUGUCACUAGGCAACUCGAUUUUGUUUGGCGUAUAGUGUCUAUACCCACCCCUCCUUGGCUAUAUCUCUACCUUCCACCAUUACUGCUAUUUCCUGUUGCCUGUGAAUUUUCCACGACCCUGUCCUCUAAGCAGAACGUUUUGUUCCCUAGCAUCUCAAUAAAACGCCCAGCACAAUUUACAGUAUUAAUAUCAAUCAAAGGUCCUAUGCUUUUCUCAACUAAAAUUGCAUUUCCAGAAGCUUCUGUGCAUGAUCUAACCUAUAGUAUUUAAUUCUGUGAGGAUUUGAGUUUACAGGGAACAUAUUUGAAUCCACAAUUCCUUGUGUAUCUAUUGAGUUAGUGUAGCCAGGGGGCUGGUUUCCAAAGCAUUCCUACGAUUGCCUGCAUUAGUUCAGGUCCUUCCUAUCACAGCAUGACUAGUAGGCCACUUCAGUGCUUACUGAUGAGAGGCAGAACUUGAUUGAAUGCAGCAGAGGGAUUGUCUGAGGUUCACGGGACAGGUACAUGUGCUGUAUGUAUCACCAUAGAGAUCGGAAUCCAUUUAUUGUAUGUAAAGUUUUAUGAACGGUUAUUUUAUAAUUUAUGUAUUUAAUAUAGCAAUCAAUGAACUCUGGUGUUUUAGUUUCUAUGAAAAAUAAAACAAACUGCAUUUUUUAAAAAAAAUAAAA